CUAUGUUUAAUUUUGCUUAAAUCUCAACUUUAUCUGAGACAUCUCCAUUGAAAAAAUUUAUAGAAUUCGAUUUUUAAAACUAUUUCAAAAUCAAUAUGGUUUAAUGAAUAGAGAUGUAGCGAUUAGAAUAGGUCUUGAUUUUUUUCUCUUGUUUUUUAUUGGUUUUGUUCGAAUUUCUUUCCAUUGACAGUCCAUACAAAUAACGAAAACUCUGAACUUUGUAUGGAAUUGAUUGUUUUGCUUUACCUCUGAAUGAAAUUUUAUUCCUAAGAAUCUUCUUCUAGUCUCUUUAUGAUACAAUUCUUAAACUUCAAAAUGAUUAUCGUCAAAAAGAACUCGAUUUUGUUCAACAAAUGGAUGAUGUUAUUAAUCAACGCGAUACUAUUUAUGCACAAUUGACUUCUGUUCAAAAUGUCUAUGAACAACUGCAAAAAGAAAAUAGAACUCUAGAAGAAGAAAUAAAUUCAAAAAAUGAAACAAAUCGAGAUCUUAAAUUCGCUUUAACAACAUCAAAUAAUGAUAGUGAAACAAUCUACAAUCAACUACAUCAAUUAAAUACAAAUUUAAGUGAUUUGCAAAAAAAAUAUGAUCAUGAUAUAGCUGAACGUAAUUCUCAAAUAGAAAUUUUACGUACUGAACAAAAACAAUUGAUGACACAUUAUGACGGUGAAUUAUUUAAAACUCAUCAAACAAUAAUUCAAUUACAACAUGAUAAUAAUCAAUAUGUCAAUCAAUUAGAACGAUAUCGAUUAAAUAUUGAUAAACUUAAAAUUGAAAUCAAUGAAAAACAAAAUUUUAUUGAACAAGUACAAAAUGAUUUAAGUGAACGAUCAGCAUUACAUCUUAGUAUUAAUAAUCAAUUAACACAAGAAAAUAAAUUAAAAAUGACCAAAAUAGCUGAACUUGAACAAGCUUUAUCUCAAGGGCAGCAACAUAAAAUUGAAUUACAACGAACUAUUCAAGAAUUACAAACAGAACUAUUUAAAUCUCGUAUGAUAGCUAAAGAAUCUGUAGAAAAAAGUGAAGAAUUCGAACGACGUUUUCGUGAAACCGAUAAACAUUUUAUUCAUUUAAAUGAAACAACUGAACCAACAAAACGUGAAUUAAAUACUUUACGAUUUGAAUUAUUAACGAAGUCUGAUCAAAAUACAGUGUUACAAAACAUUAUUGAAGAUGAAAAACUUAAACGACAAAGACUUGAAUUGAAAUUAAAACGAUUAAAAGAUGAAUAUGUUGAUGUACGUAAAGAACUUUAUACUCGUAUUGAAGAAAAUAAUGCAUUACAACAUGAACUUAUUGAAUAUCGAUAUAAAAUUGAUUAUUACUCACAAAUGAAUAAUCAAACAUUGCAUUUGACAGCACCUUCAAAUGAAAAAGAAUCAUCAACAACUGUUCAAUUAUAUUUAAAAGAAAAGACAGAUAGUCAAAGUUGGCAAGCAAAAUGUCGAAUAUAUCAACAAAAAAUUGAACAAUUACAAAAAAAUUAUGAAUUAAUUAGAGAUAAAUAUAAACAACGUUUACAUGAAGAACGAGGUAUAUUUGAACGUACGAAACUUAAAUAUCUUGAUCAUAUGAAAAAUAUUCAAAAAGAUUUACAUGAAACACGACAAUUACUAGAAAAAGAUACCGAAUUAAAAAUGAAUCAAGAAUCAGCUUAUCAAGAAUUGAUUGAUGAACGAAGACAAUUACUUACAAGUAUGCUUGAUAAAGAUGCCAAAGUACGCGAAAUGCGUCGUGAAAAUCUUUUAUUAACAUCAAAAAUUCAAUUACUUGAAAAUCAAAUGGAAAAUUUAAAUGAUCGUGUUGAUCGAACAUUACGUGAACGAAGUCAACUUCGUCGAGAUGUUAAUAGUGUUCGAUUAAAUAGUAAUGUUUCAAUUGAAACGAGUGCUCGUUCUUCACCAAUUUUACCUUCGACAAGGUCAACAACUUAUAUUGAUUCAACAGGAUGGACUCAACCUGUUUAUUACACAGAAUCAUUUGGUUUUAAUAAUGAUCCUCAAUGUGAAACGUCUGCUAUUUCUUAA